AUGGACUCCUGGAAAGGUCACAACUACUACACCCGGAACGCCACCAAACAGCUCGAGUUGAUGAACCUUAGCACCGUAGAAUGGGGCAUAGCAUGGCUUCCUCCCAACCUCGUCGCGAUACCAUACGCCAAGAACGACUCAAUAGUAGCACAAUAUCCCGAAAACACUACCUUCAUCGAGAACGUCGGAAAGGCGACCACCGGAGACAGGGCUACCGAGAAGAUCGUCUUCGGAGUGACUUCCGGAAUCGUGCUCUUCUUCGUCAUCCUCUGGCUGCUCUCCGGCGAGUUUAAGUUGCGCGACCAACCAAAACGAAUCAGGGUCUCAAGCGUUCUCAGCGAAUCCGACGACGGCGUGCAGUUCAUGAGCUUCGCAAACUUUGAGAAAAAGUUGCAGAAAUACUACAGCCCGAUCCGGACCGAAGUCGAGCUACAAGAUAAUGUGAACGUGAGGAGGCCGACACAUGGCCUCAGGGCCGAAGACGUCGAGGCUGUCACGAAUCUUCUGAAGCAGAUGUUCCAUCUUGACCGGGGUAUAUGGAGUCGUCAACAUAUUCACUCUGGAGAAAACCACGAGAUCUUAAACAGGAAUGCGCGGCUGAGGAGCAACGCCAUUUGGGACGAGGUGAAAAGGACGGUGUGUGGGUGGCAGGAAGACCUCGAUAAUGAGACUACACAGUUGGGUAAUGCUGAAGCAAAGCACAUGGAACACAUUUUCGAGCUAUUCAGGAGGGAUCAAAAUGGCGGAUCAAGGUAUCGUGUAUAA